AUGGAUACUAAACUCAAUACCAAGGCCUUGGAUGCUCGAAACUUCUCGUACAUCGACCACCUCCUCGAUGAGAUCAAUGGAUCCGACUCAUCAUCACAUCACCGCUUGAACGCACCUACCACGAGCAGAAACAAGCACACCUCUCAGGGGCCCGACGCUGUCAACAGAGAGUCUCGUGAAGCAACCCCUACUUCUGAUGGACAGAAGGAUCUAAAGCGGGGUGCUUGUGCACUCGAAGAGAAAGACGAAGGUAGCAGCUUCGAUUCAGCGCAGUGGAACAGGCUGUUCCCGUCGCCUCCGGAUUGCAGAGACUCGCCUGAUGGCAACCUGGAAACUGGCGGUCGAGACUCUGAAGCGUUACCAUCGGAAGCUCACCAGCAUGACUGCAGCGAAACCUUGAUCGGUCCCAAAGAUGGGUCCCGUCACGCCAGAAUCGACCUUGAGCUUCCUGAGGGGAAGAAAGUGGUAUGCGACUCGGUAUCGCCUCUGUCCCCAUCUACGACAGACACACUUGGCGGCUCAACUCCUCCCUACAAACGAACCAAGAAUGGCCCUUCAUCACUCCAGGAUGCUGGCGAGGAGUCUACCCCUCAAGGGGCACCCAAAUCAGUCGUACCCCUUGACACGAUGGAGGACGCAUCUGCGGACGACCUGUCACCGUGCGCUAGUUGGGCGGAGCCGUUCCAGCUUCUGCAGAGCGGUCCUUUGUCGAUAUAUGUGAACAAGCACGGAGAGGAAUAGAAGUCCCACCCCUUGUGCGAGUACUGUUUCCGACGAUUCGGAAGGUUCCGCCGCCUCUAGGAAGAUGGCUGCGUGUCUUGCGGACGAGAAGAGCCACUGGAGGGUUACUUUUGGGAAGACGAGAGCGAAUAGGUUUGAGGAGUUCGAUGGAACUGCAAUCAACGUGUCGACGGCUAUCGGGAGUUUUACAACUUCGAGAGAAAUCCAUCGCUCGAGAGGGGGCAAGUGUGGGAAGAUGGAGGAGUUGAAAGACUGAGGACCUUUGCAGGAAAGGGAC